ACACACAACACAUCCAUCCAGUAUGAAACCUUUGGGCACAGAAGCUCUAGGAGAAUCUUAGUGCUGGGACCUUACCACCUCUCCUGCCGCCGACGGACUCCUUUCACUGCGAACGUCCUCACGGAAAUGUGUGUGUGCGUGAAAGAGAGAGGAAUAAAGUGUGUGCGCGUGUGUGAUGGUGCAUGUCUGGAACAAGUAAAGGCAGAGGAAUUAUCUGGCGCUAUCGAAAUAUUUCAACACAUCGCGUUCGCUUGAGGACUGAGAGCAAUAAGAAGGGGAACGCAUUUUAACAGGAUCGCGAUCCUGUGACCAGCAGCGAGGAGAAGCUGCACUCAAUUAAGAGACUCGCCGUCGUCUCAUUCAAACGAUGUCCGCGCGACAAAUCACAGAUUUUUGCCGAAUUCCGCACUCUGCGACCGCGUCGAAGACCGACGGGAAGCGAUUUACUUUUUAGAACCACACUUUCGCGUUGAACUCGCUCAGAAAACGGCACUUUUGACGCAACUUGUGGACAAUAAGCGGAGGUUCCUGCAGUAUUUACUGUGGAUUUAUUUGUAGAUUGCCUUCCAAUAUAGGCUUCUUCUUGGUUUUGUCUGCUUUACUUCUGGUUCUUCAUGAUCCAAGCUAUAACUUUAUACUAGGCUUGGUCAGUGUUUACUCUAAAUCCAAUCCACAAAAAAGAUUCGGUACCUGAACUUGGAUGAGCUUCCUGAUGAGAGACCCGGUCAUACCAGGAACAAGUAUGGCUUAUCAUCCGUUCAUACCGCACCGGGGUCCGGACUUUGCCAUGAGUGCAAUGCUGGGUCACCAGCCGCCCUUUUUCCCGGCCCUGGCGCUCCCUCACAACGGAUCCCUCUCUCUGCCGGGCGGCCUGGGGAAGCCGAUCAUGGACCAGCUGAUGGGCGCCGCGGAGACGGGCCUGCACUUCUCCUCGCUUGGGCACCAGGCGGCUGCGGCCCACCUCCGGCCUCUGAAGACUCUGGAGCCAGAGGAAGAGGUGGAGGACGACCCCAAAGUGCACCUAGAAGCUAAAGAACUCUGGGAACUCUUUCACAAGCGAGGCACUGAAAUGGUGAUCACUAAAUCUGGAAGGCGAAUGUUCCCCCCGUUUAAAGUGAGAUGCACUGGGCUGGACAAAAAGGCCAAAUACAUUCUCUUAAUGGACAUUGUUGCAGCCGACGACUGCAGGUAUAAAUUUCACAACUCUCGCUGGAUGGUGGCGGGCAAAGCCGACCCCGAGAUGCCCAAGAGGAUGUACAUUCACCCGGACAGCCCCGCCACGGGCGAGCAGUGGAUGUCAAAAGUCGUCAAUUUUCACAAACUCAAAUUGACCAAUAACAUCUCCGACAAGCACGGAUUUGUAAGUUCUACUAAUACCAUACUAAACUCCAUGCACAAAUACCAGCCCCGCUUUCACAUCGUGAGGGCCAACGAUAUUCUUAAACUACCCUACAGUACUUUCAGGACUUAUGUUUUUCCUGAAACGGAUUUCAUUGCGGUGACUGCAUAUCAGAACGACAAGAUAACCCAAUUGAAAAUUGACCAUAAUCCGUUUGCAAAAGGCUUCCGUGAUACUGGAAACGGAAGACGGGAAAAGAGGAAACAGCUCGCGCUCCAGUCCAUGCGCUCCUACGAGGAGCAGCAGAAGAAGGAGAACGGAGCAUCGGACGAUUCAUCUGGAGAGCAGGCCCCGUUCAAGAGCUUCCCUCAGGCCGCCUCCCCGGCUGUUUCAACCGUACCGCACCUCAAAGACUUCUGUGAGAGCGAUGAGGACAGCGAUGAUGAGGACAAGGACGGCCACAUGAAGGACCUCCCCGACUCCAGCAAAAUCUCCACCACCACGGAGGAGGGGCGGGACCCCGAGGCGCAGCUCGCCGGGGGCCAUGCCUUCUGCAGCAGCGACUCCACCAGUAGCCGGUCCCGCGGCGACUCCAACACCACCUCGACCACCUCAAGGACGGAGAAGAGCCACGCCGACUCCAGGCACAGCCCCGUCACUGCCAUCUCCAGCACCACCCGCUCCGGAGAAGACCUCAAGAGCCCGGGCAGGGACCCGGGGAGCCUGAAGGCGGAGGAGUGCAGCCGGUCCGUGGGGGGCGGCGGCAAGGACGGCUACAUGCCCCUCAGCAUGCACUCGGACCCCCCGCACCUCGGACACGGCCACCUGCAUAACUUUGGGUUCCCAACGGGGCUGGGCGGUCAGCAGUUCUUCAACCACCCCUUCCUGCUGCACCCGGGCCAGUUCAACAUGGGAGGGGCCUUCUCCAACAUGGCCGCUGCGGGCAUGGGCCCUCUGCUGGCGGCGGUUUCGUCGGGCGGGGUCAGCACCAUGGAUACGGCCAGCAUGGCGGCGGCGUCGGCCCAGGGCCUGGGUGGAGGGCACGGCCUGCCGUUCCAUCUGCAGCAACAUGUCCUGGCAUCGCAGGGUCUGGCCAUGUCUCCGUUCGGAGGUCUGUUCCCCUACCCCUACACCUACAUGGCGGCGGCCGCGGCCGCCUCUUCCGCCGCCGCCGCCGCCGCCUCCUCUUCGGUGCAUCGACACCCCUUCCUGAACGCGGUGCGGCCGCGACUCAGGUACAACCCGUACUCCCUACCCAUGAACAUGUCGGACAACACACUGCUCACCACCGCGAUGCCAUCAUCGAUGGUCAGCAUCGGAGCAGAGCUGUUGAAAGGAGAAGGCAUAGCCCCGAGUCCCGUUUCUGGCUCUCAGGAUUCUACGUCGGAGAUGAACAGUCGCUCGUCAACUCUUUCGUCCGGCUCCGUUUCCAUGUCCCCAAAAACGUGCACGGAGAAGGAGUGCGCCAACGACUUACAGAGCAUCCAGCGCCUGGUCAGCGGCCUGGACUCGAAUCAGGACCGGCCGAGGAGCGUGUCCCCGUAAUACUUUUACACGCUUCUGGUUCCUUCUUUUCCCCCGUCAUUGUUGUUGGAUUUGAUUUUUUGACCUUUUUGGAAAAAUAUGUUGAAGGUUAUAGAAAUAUUAUAAAUACAAAGUCUAAGAUCAGUAUUGGUUUAAGACAGAAAAAAAUCGAAAAAAAUGAAUAUUGAAAAAAAAAGAUUUUGAAAUGCACUUUGGUUAAUAGGCCUAGGCCUACAUAUCGGAUAUAUGUAUAUUUCUACUUUUGUUAAAUUAAAACAACACUUCCUUAUUUUUUUCUGUCAUUUGAAUACCAUACAAGUAUUGAAACUGAAUAGUUGGCAUGGAUGUGAGGCACAGAUAAGGGAGGUGUUGCUGCUGUGUAAUGUCCGACUUUUUGUUGUGUGCAGUUGCUAAGUCAACUAAAUGUGUGUUUAAUUAAUAUGCACUCAGAAUUUAUUUGACCUAUCAUAACUCACUUCAAUUGACCUUAUAAAAGGCUGCUGUAUUUCGUUAUGACCCUAUGAAUUGAUCGAUCAGCCUGGCGUAUCACUAGGCUACAGGUCAGAGGUGGCAUGCCGUGAAGCCCUCGCCUCUUCACAUUCUCUUUUAACGAGGCUGUCAAAUGAAAUUUCGACGAGAAAUUAAUGAAACAAUGUAGUCCACCCAUUUUCCUGUGGUUAAAAUGUUAAGUUAAAAUUUGGUAUACUUUCAAUGGUAGGCCUAUUCAUUUCAAUCCACCCGUGAAUGAGAUCGAUAGUGGCACCUCGGACCUGGUUGGGCCAUCAUGCAAAACCACUGCGCCGGAAGAGAUAGGCCAAUAGCAUGCGGACAUAUUCAGUUAUUAGUCAGUGGGCUAAAACAAAGAAAGGUAGUAUUGAUUAUUACGUGUAAAUAGUGAUAUAUAAAAUAUUUAUGUAAUUAUUUCAUAUUGUUAUUGCGUGUACAUACAACGAAGUAGUUUGUUUUUAGAGA